AUGGAGCCUCCCCCGGCCUCCGCGGAUCCUCCCUGGCCGCUUGGGCCUCCCAGAGGCCCAGACACUCCAGCGCCUGCCGAGCUCCCCACAGCGACAGAGCACCACGCUGCUGCCACCGCCGCAGUGCUAGGCAGCCCCGGGAGCCAGGACGCCCCCAGCGCGCGCGGCUGCCUGAGGAGACUUCGCGGCAAGCUGCCCACAGAGUGGCGGCUGGAGGUGACCGAGCUGCUGAAAAUAGCCGGCCCCGUGUUCCUCACAGAGUUGAUGACCUUGCUCAUUGAAGUCGUCAGUUCCAUAUUCUGUGGACACCUGGGCAAGGUGGAGCUGGAUGCGGUCCUGCUGGCAGUGUCGGUUGUGACUGUUACUGGGAUUUCAGUUGGAAUUGGCUUGGCCUCGGCUUGUGAUACUCUGAUGUCUCAGUCCUUUGGGGGCAGGAACCUCAAACGCGUGGGGGUCACACUCCAGAGAGGAAUCCUCAUCCUGACCCUGUGCUGCUUUCCUUGCUGGGCCGUCUUCAUCAACACUGAGCACAUCCUGCUGCUCCUAGAACAAGACCCCGACGUCUCCAGGCUAGCCCAAGAUUACGUGAUGAUUUUUAUUCCUGGCCUUCCCGCAGCGUUCCUGUUCCAGCUCCUGAUGAGAUAUCUACAAAAUCAGGGUAUCAUCCUGCCUCAGGUUCUCACUGUGAUGGCGGUAAAUGUCAUCAACGCGGGCAUGAACUACCUGCUGCUGUAUGUCCUGGACCUACGGGUGUCGGGAUCUGCUUGGGCAAACACUAUUUCCCAGUACUUGCUGUGUGUGCUGCUUUUCCUCUACAUCUGGUGGAGAAAACUCUACCUGGACACGUGGGGAGGUUGGAGCAGGGACUGUUUCCAGGAGUGGGGCUCCUUCAUCCGCCUGGCUGUUCCCAGUAUGUUCAUGGUGUGCAUUGAGACUUGGGCCUUUGAAAUCGGAGUUCUGCUUGCAGGACUGAUUAAUGUGACAGAGCUCGGAGCUCAAGGCACCAGCAGUGGAGUCGUGAGAGGCACUGGAGAUCAAAAGAUGGGCGCCAUCUUGAACGCCAUUGGUUAUUAUGUGUUUGGUUUUCCCAUUGGACUGUCUCUGAUGUUUGCAGCUAACCUUGGCAUAAAAGGUUUUUGGACUGGAAUUAUCAUCUGUGUCUUCUUUCAAUGUCUCUUCUACUUGGUGUUCAUCUACAAGAUAAACUGGAAUCAAGCUGCAGAGCAGGCACAAGUUCGAGCUGGGCUAAAGGGAACUGCAGAGACCAUGUCUAACUCAAUAACCCUCCCCAAUCAGGAAAUAGAAGUGACCAAUGGAGUGAUUUUACCUGAUAACAUCAGGCCAAUGGACCAGACUAUUUCACUGAUGGAGAUGGAAGAAAACAGCCAGGGUGGACUGUCCACCAUUGGAGAGGUUUUGACAGUGAGACAGCUGAUUAUCUAUCGAGGAAUAGCAUUAGCUGUUGCUCUUGCUGUUCUUUUAGCAGGAAUUUUAAUAAGAGUUUUCAUAUGACUGUGGCCAAAAUAGAAAUAUUGUCACCAGCCCACACAGUAUAAAUAUAAUAUUAAGUGAACUUUCCCCUCUUACAUGAUCUCUAUCAUGUUAUCAUGUUAAAAUUUGUAAAUGUGGUUUUUCCCUGCUUGUGUUCUUUACUUUUUUAAAAUCUUGAUGCUCUUCUUCUUUCAAGAAAGCAAAUCAAUGUCUAGUAAGUUUAAAUGUCGAUCUAGUUUUCUUUGUAGUCUGUUAAUAUUUAACUUGCCAGUGUUUAUAUAUUAAAUAUCUGGUCAAUUCUUAUCUCAGGUAUUGCCAUAUAAGCUUUUAUAAAAUAAACACCUCAUCAUUGGGAAAAAGAUUACUAUAUAUGCACAGUGGAAUACUACUGAACUCUAAGAAAAGAUGACUUGGCAUUGGCAUAGCAUGGAUGGGACUGGUCCAGGAGACUAUGCUAAGUGUAAUAACUCAGAAGAAGAAAGAUAAAUACCACAAUAUUUUCACUCAUGAAAUAUGGGGCAGAGGUACUGAGAAAGUUAAACCAAAACAGAUCUUAGAAAUAUGACUGCAGAAUUAAGACUGUUAGAAGGGGAAGAAUGGGUGGGGGGGAAGAGCAAAGGGGAAGAAGAGACCCAUUCCCUACGGUAAAGAACUGUGUGUGUUUUUCAGUGGAGGCCAAGGGGUGUGGUAUACAGUUGAACAAGUGUGAAUCUAUUCCCCUAAAUCAUGUACAGUGUUGUAAGCCAAUGUUACC